GGCCGCCACCUCCCAGCCCAGCACGAGCAUCAACAUCGCUGACGACGGCCGUCCGUUCCUGUCCGAGUCCGGCGGCAGCUCCAGCUCCGGCGGGAACCCGUCGGCCUCAGCGGCCACUCCCGGCGGCUGCUCUCGCGCGCUGCAGCGGCGCUUCCCGCGAAUCCGUCGCUGCCUCACCCGCGUAUCCCUGGGGCUUCCUACGAGCAGGGCAGCGAGCGGUCUGACGGUGAUCCUGGCGCUGCUGAUGGUGGGGAUCGUGGGCACCUUCGCGCUGCACCAGAUGAUGAGCCCGGAGAUCGAGGCGCUCACGCAGCAGCGCGAGAGACUCAAGGACGAAGUGAUGGUGCUGCGACUGCAGGUGGAGAACAUGACGCGCAUCACCGAGAGUCGCCUAGAGACCAUCCACCUCCUGGAGACGGAGCUUGAGCGGCAGCACGUGCAAGCGGCGGAGGCUGCAGCCACUGCCACGACAGGCACAGAUCACGAUGCCAUCCCUAACGUUGUCAACGAGGAGCUGAAGAGUGGUGAGCUACAACCGAGCGUGGUGCUGCCUACGAUCUUCUACACGCUGCUGCUGGGCUCCGUUCUGCUCGCAUCUGUGCUCUACCGCAUCUUCCUCAUCAUCCGAAGCGAGAUCGUCGCGCAGCAGAAGCUGGGAAAGAAGCAGUACACUGGUGCUGGUAGCACUGGUGGACUGAUGAUGCCAUCGCUGUCGGAGUCGUCCAUGGACAGCAGGCGAAGUGGGAGGGGAACGCCGCCGCUAUCGCCUACGCGAGGCCCCAUUGUUGAUGACUCCGUGGCGAGUGGCGGGCGGACUGCUGCUUCGAGCGGUGCCAAUUCCUCACUCAGUCCUAAAACAAACGGCGAGCCUUCGCCGCAGUGCUACAAGCGUGCACCGGGAUCCUCACCCACGAUUGUCUAGGGGAAUUGGGCUAAGGGUUCAACACGGGCUUCAUCAAGGGUUU